UAAAGGCAGUUGAUUUGUUUCUCAGCUCUUCCACUGAAGCAGCAGAAGUGCAAGCAGAAGAAGCAGCGGAUUGGCAGUUUUGAGGUGAAAUAUUUCCUCUUGGCAGUUACUCCAAUAUAUCUGUGGAUUCUCUCCAUUACAAAUAGUCUGGAAUCGCGCCCUUGAAAAUGAAUAAAGUGACCAUGAUAAUCUACAUUCGAGAAACGAGCGCCAAGACAACGGCUGUCAAAGCAUCUCCAUCAGACACGGUCCGGGAUCUGAGGAUUAAGAUCAUGCAAAAGGGAAUAUCUCUAAAAUUAAAGGAUCUCAUGUACUUCAACGAACAGCUAUACCUAUCCAAAAAGCUCUCCGACUAUGGGAUAAAACACAACGACAUCUUGUAUUUGAGAGAAGCACUUCAGCAUCUCGGUUCUUCGGGGUUUCUACUCUCCGUCGCACAGCCCUCAGGAGACGUAAUGAAGAUAGUGGUUAGUGAUCACGACUGCGUCAUCGACAUCAAGCAAGAGGUGGAGCGCGAGGGGGGCCCGGUGAUCGGCAGGCAGUUACUGAAGGUGGGGGGCGUCGAGAUGCAGAACGAGAUGAAGUUGAAAGAUUACGGCAUUACGGGAGACGCUGUCAUCUGGUUGGAGGAUGCAGACGAAAGCAAAAGGAAAUCUAAGGAGGCGCGAAAAAGAAAGAGAGUUGGAAACGAGAAACUGAAGAAGAGGUUGGCUGCUGUUGUUUUCGUGAUUAUUUUUAUCAUCAUAUUGAUAUGGGCUUACCUAGAAGGUAAAAUUCAAAUAAACCUCUGAGUUCAGCAUGUAGGAAUAU